AGAGUCGAUUCCCGUGAAGGCUCGCUGAGGAGUCGGACAUCGCCACAGUGCGCGCGGAUGCGGGGAAGAUGGAGGAGGAGGCAGGAGCUGUGUGAGGACACAAAGAUGCGGAUUAUGGAGGCUUGCGCCGUUAAAUGAAUAAAGCACCAGAGAAGACGCAAAACCGACACGGGGACGAGCACAGGUCACUGACAGGACCCUAAAAGACGGCUUCCCUUCUGCAUCCAUAGAAACAGAAUAGUCAUCUCAUUCUAUCAGCUCGUUUCUUAAAGAGCGUGCCGGGAGGUUUUAAAAUUGGGCUUCAAGUACGGUGUUUCCAUAUAAUAAUUCUCAAAAACAAUAACAAGGAGUGAAACGGGGAUGGUUGUCGCUGAUUGUCAAUGCGGAUGAUGGAGAAAGCGCUCGAAGGAUGAUAAAGACGAGCCUGGUGUCCUCUAGUGCUCGCAGGGAUUGGGAACUUGCGCAUUCUGUGCGUUAUGACGCCAUAACAGACACAACUGACACUUGAGCGAUCUGAAGUACACGAACGGAUCAGGAUCUGAGCCCCUGGAGAGAUGAGGGUCCCGUGUCUGCUUCUGUUCUCAUGGACAUUAGUGUCCCUUCUGCCGGUCCCCUGCUCCGGAUCAGUGCUGCUCCGCUUCCCGCUGCGGCAGGGGCCCCUCUCACAGACCGCGGGCCCCCGGGGCCCCUCCAGCUCCGCACGCGCACGCGCACGCGCACGCAGAGCAGUCAGGGCGGGGACUUUUGUCAACAUGAUCGACAACCUUCGAGGAAAGUCAGGACAAGGGUACUACAUCGAGAUGGCUGUGGGCACUCCGCCUCAGAAGCUGAAUAUCCUGGUGGAUACGGGCAGCAGUAACUUUGCAGUCGGCGCCGCCGCUCACCCAUUCCUCCACAGAUAUUACCAUCGCUCUCUCUCGUCGUCGUACAGAGAUCUGGGCCGUGGUGUGUAUGUGCCGUACACACAGGGCCGCUGGGAGGGCGAGCUGGGCACAGACCUGCUGUCCAUUCCUCAUGGGCCCAACAUGUCUCUGAGGGCCAAUAUCGCUGCAAUCACCCAGUCUGACCGCUUCUUCAUCAACGGAUCCAACUGGGAGGGCAUCCUCGGACUGGCCUACGCCGAGAUUGCCAGGCCGGACGAGACUCUGGAGCCGUUCUUUGACUCUCUGUUGAGGCAGACCAGCGUCCCAGACGUAUUCUCUCUGCAGCUCUGUGGAGCGGGCUUCACCCAGAACUACAGCGCCGGCAGCUCCACUGUAGGGGGCAGUAUGAUAAUUGGGGGAAUCGAUCCGUCCCUGUACGUGGGCGAGCUGUGGUACACACCAAUUAGACGAGAGUGGUAUUAUGAGGUCAUCAUUGUGCGCAUCGAGGUCAACGGACAGGACCUUAACAUGGACUGCAAAGAAUAUAACUAUGAUAAAAGUAUCGUGGACAGUGGCACCACAAACCUGCGUCUCCCUCGUAAAGUGUUCCAGGCGGCUGUGAAGGCCAUCGAAGCAGCUUCAUCGACUGAACAGUUUCCCUCAGGUUUCUGGCUGGGUGAGCAGCUGGUGUGUUGGCAGGUGGGCACCACACCGUGGCACAUCUUCCCUGUCAUCUCUCUCUACCUGAUGAGUGAAAACAGAAACCAGUCUUUCCGCAUUUCCAUCCUGCCACAGCAGUAUCUGAGGCCGGUGGAGGACGUGGCCUCGGCUCAGGAGGACUGUUAUAAAUUUGCUGUGUCUCAGUCCAGUACUGGUACAGUAAUGGGUGCCGUCAUCAUGGAGGGCUUCUAUGUGGUGUUUGACCGAGAACACAAACGCAUUGGCUUUGCGGUCAGCACGUGUCACGUCCACGAUGAGUUCCGCACCGCUGCAGUGGAGGGACCCUUCCAUGGCCUGGACCUCGAGGACUGUGGCUACAACGUCCCUCAGACUGACGAGUCCACAUUAAUGACCAUCGCCUACAUUAUGGCGGGCAUCUGUGCCCUGUUUAUGCUGCCUCUGUGCCUCAUGGUCUGUCAGUGGCGCUUUACACGCUGCCUUCAUCCGCUGGGCGCUGGAGAUUUCUCUGAUGACAUCUCCCUCCUGAAGUGAGCCAUAUCUAAACAGAAUGAUUUCAGUGCUGGUAAAACUGGCCGUACUCGAGGGUCUCAAAGAAGGGCAAUUGAUGAUAUUGAUGAGACUACAUUGAUUAUAACUAUAUAUAAUUGUGCAACUGCACACACACACACACACACACACACACACCCUAAUGGGCUGAGGAUUUUGUGCCCUCUGACCCCUUUUGAGUACAUGUAAAAUGUGAAUGAUCUUUUAUCUUACAGACUUUUAAGUGUGGAUAGCUGUCAUGGGACUGUUCAAGUUAAGUUCUGUAAAGAUCUGUAAACUAUGUGAGCGAGUGUGUUUGUGUUUAACAGUUUGUUCCCUAUAAUAUGAUGUCACGUUCUAUAAUAUGAUCUAUAUUGAUUGAUUUUCAAAAUGAAUAAGUGAUGUAACAAAGUACUGUUCGAGUCACUGUUUAUGACACACCAGUCCCCAUAAAUACUGUAAGGAACUCAUAUUACUAUUACUUACUAAAGCAACAUGAUCUUGUGACUGUAUUCAUUUCAAGCUUAUAGUUAAUAGACCUAUAUUAUUUGUAAAAAUGAUUGUCACUAGGAGAGAACAUGUCCAGUCAUAUUUCACCCCUAAAUCUAAAGGAAACAAUAAGAAAUUAUAUUUGAACAUAAAGCCUAUUUUAGGACCAAAAGGGCUUUUUUUUUUCAUGGCAAUUUUAGUAACAUUUUUAUUACCUCACUGAAAAAAAUUAAAAUAAAA